UUAAAUUGUUAAGAAACAGCGAAAAAAAAACAUACUUUAUCUAAGGCCAAACCAAUCUUAAAAAAUCAUGAAUCAAAAAUCUAACUCAAAUUCAAUGGGAAGCUCUUGCAAGCAGGGUAAUAAUACAGCUUUAAUUCCACUAUUAUUUUUGAUUCUGAUGAUAUUCAAUUUGCCUUGAAUUUCAUUUUUAAAAUACUUGUAAUUAGUACGUGGGCCUGUCAUUCCCAAAAUUGACUCCGUUUUUAUUGGGGUGCAUCAUCAAAAGAGCAGCUUGACAGCACUAACAAAACUUAGAGUUUACAACGAUGAAGCGUGUGUGGAAAGAGGCAUCAUCGGUCAUUAUUGCAGCAAAACCAAAAUCCUUCAUCCGCAGCAGAAUGAGUCGAGAUUGUAGCCUUUCCGUUCUUGCACUUAAACGCCACAGCGACAGUUCUGUUCUUCCGAAUUUUUAUGUAUUCCCUGGAGGUCAUACCCAUCAUUCAGACUCGAGUGAAGAGUGGCGAAGAGUUUUUUCACAAUCAACAUGCGAAGCCUCCCGAAAUUGUUUUGAAACUCUCAACGCUAAUGUGACCCUUCCGAUUUUCAAGAGCAAUAAUGAGAUUGGCAUACCAAAAGCAAUAUCUUUGCGGAUUGCAGCUAUUAGAGAAACAUUUGAGGAGUGUGGCAUUUUACUUUGUAAACGGUUUGAAGAAAAGAAGCAAGAUAUUGACAAACACUUGGAGAUUGAAUCGAUAGCUCAGUGGAGACAACAAGUGAUUGCAGAUGCAAGUAAUUUUAUAAAGUUGUGUGUCGAGAAUAAAUGUUAUCCAAACGUCACAGCUCUCAGUUUGUGGAGCAAUUGGAAGACCCCAGUAAAUAUUCCUGCCAAGAAAUUUGAUGUUGCCUUCUUUCUAGUUGUUUUAGAAGACUGUUACAGGGCCAUUCCUGACUCGAUAGAAAUUGAAGAAAUUGGAUGGUAUCCUCCAGAAGAGUUGCUCAAUAAAAGUGACCAAGGUGAAAUCUCUCUGUCACACCCGCAGUUCUACGAGUUAUCUCGAUUGUUGCAUUUCAAAGAUGUCUCAGAGCUCUCAAGGUUUGCCAAGCAGCGUAAUAAGUCUGACUGUGAGCUCUUUUUCCCAAUUAUGUGCUUUUUAGACGAUCAAAUGGUUUCAAUUUUACCAGGUGAUGAAUUGUACCCAGAAAAUGGAAUCGAAUGUACCCUGGAAGAUGCCGAGCUAAAAGAAAGGCUAAAUCAAAGUCAAAAAUGCCAUCGAUUGUUGAUAUCUAAUGCAGAGCCCAGUGGUCCCUUGGAACACAAAAGCUUAAUUAUUCAAAAUGUUUCGCCUAAAUAUGAUCAUAUUCUACCAUGUUCUUCUCAUCACAUAACCAAGGCUAAACCAAAAAAUAAAUUAUGAUUUAUAAAAAGUGCAA